CCCUGGUGCCAAUCACCAAAUGGAAGGCCUUUGCAUCGAUAUUGUCAUUACGUCUACUUAUGAAACAAUGGAUCCUUUCACUGCUGUUACUGUGGAGCCUAAUUUAAGAAUGAGGCUCCGCAUUGCUCUUGUAUAG